CAGUCCGCAGGCUCAGAGGGACUCUUUCUCUUUCACUCCACCAAGCUGUGUUUGCUAAUUUCUUCCCCCACCUGUAUUUUCUAAGUAUACUCUGCUUGCAUAGCCAUGUCACAAUACGGUUACAGCUCUCGCUCAGCAACUGGCCCGGGUGGAUUCACCCAGGUCCGAGUCAGUUCUGUCAGCUCGUCUCGUGCAACUGGAGGGGGCACCAGCUUCAGAAAACCUGGUGGCUUUGGCAGCUCCAGUCUCUAUAACCUUGGCUCUAGCAGCAAGAGGAUCUCCCUGGGCGGUGGUGCAGGAGGCAGCAACUACAGCGUCAGGUCUUCGUAUGGAUAUGGCGGUGGCCUUGGUGCUGGGUUUGGAGGAGGGUUUGGUGGUGGGCUUCCCUCACCAGGCAUUCAGGAGGUCACCAUCAACCAGAGCCUCUUGGCCCCCCUCAAUCUGGAAAUUGACCCCACCAUCCAGAAGGUCCGCAAGGAGGAGAAGGAGCAGAUCAAAACCCUCAACAAUAAAUUUGCAUCCUUCAUCGACAAGGUCCGAUUUCUGGAGCAGCAAAACAAGAUGCUGGAGACCAAAUGGAGUCUCAUGCAGGACCAGAAGACCACACGGAGCAACAUUGGCCCUCUCUUCGAGGCAUACAUCAGCAACCUGCGGAGGCAGCUAGACAGCCUGCUGAAUGACAAGGGACGCCUGGAGGGAGAGCUGAAGAGCAUGCAGGAUCUUGUUGAGGAUUUCAAGAACAAAUAUGAAGAUGAAAUCAACAAGCGCACAACAGCAGAAAAUGACUUUGUUGUGCUCAAGAAGGAUGUUGAUGCUUCCUACAUGAAUAAGGUGGAGCUGGAGGCCAAGGUGGAUGGACUGACCGAUGAAAUAAAUUUCCUGAGGGCACUCUAUGAAGCAGAAAUGCGUGAGCUGCAGACACAGAUUUCCGAUACAUCUGUUGUCCUUCAAAUGGACAACAACCGAAACCUGGAUUUGGACAGCAUCAUUGCUGAGGUCAAAGCUCAGUAUGAGGAGAUUGCCAAUAAGAGCAAAGUUGAGGCGGAAACCUGGUACCAAAGUAAGUUUGAGUCCCUGCAAGCCACCGCUGGGAAACACGGAGAUGACCUGCGGAGCACCAAGACCGAGAUUGCUGAGAUUAACCGCACAAUCCAGAGGCUGCAGGCUGAGAUUGAAAAUGUGAAAGCUCAGCGUGCCAAGCUGGAAGCAGCCAUUACUGAGGCAGAGGAACGUGGGGAGCUGGCUAUUAAAGAUGCCAAGGCAAAACUGGAGGAGCUGGAGGCUGCCCUCACCAAAGCCAAGCAAGAGAUGGCCCGCCAGCUGCGGGAGUACCAGGAGCUGAUGAAUGUCAAGAUGGGCCUGGAUAUUGAGAUCGCUACCUACAGGAAGCUGCUGGAAGGAGAAGAGAACAGGCUGGCUGGUGACGGAGUUGGUGCUGUGAACAUUGCUGUAGUCAACACCAGUGGUGCUGGUGCAUACAGCAGUGGGGGAGGCUAUGGAGGAGGAAUCAGCUUGAGAGGAGGAAUGGGCAGCAGAGGCCUUGGCUUUUCCUCUGGUGGUGGAUCUGGCAGCCUGCAAUCGUCCUACAGUAUGACAACAAGCACAUCCAGGAGAAGUGUCAGGAACUAAGCUCUGAAAACUAAGAUAUGCACCUGCGGAACAGGGGGAAAAAAAUCUGCAGCAUCAGCAGCAAUAGAAACCUUUCAAAAAUAACAACUUUGGCUGAAAAAAACAAAUAAAGUUUUCGUUUUGAUUUUUA